CAUGAGCCUCUUUCAUCAUGAAGAGCCACCAAACCCCUCCAAGAAAUGCAAAUUCCUCAAGGAUGCAUUCACCAACUGCCAUACAUUUAGCGGAAGGCUAUCUUCUUCAGCCACAGAAGAAGAUGAUCCAGCCAGCGACUGUGAUGACGAACAGGAAUUAUUUGUUUCUGCAGUUAUAAGUAAGUACAAGGAGGCUAAAUGCAGACGAAAGGCAAGCUUCACAGUGGAUAGCAUCAGUUGGGCAUUGUCUCCAACAAGAGGAGAGUUUUGUAUUCCUCCAAAGGCAAAGCAACAAAAGGAAAAUACUGAGAAAGAAACAGAGGACUUCUUCUCUGUUAAAAGUUGUUUAUCUAGGUGUUCCAGUACUUCAAGCAUGGAUGCAUAUGUCUCUGUUAGGACAACUUUUUCACGAUGUUCAAGCUUGAACAGGAUUGAUUUCCCAGAUUUUCGGAGGCGAUCGAUUAUUCGGGAGUUUUCUCACUGUGAGGGAUGGCCCUUUGGUCUGUGCAGGAAGGCUCUGUUGCUUCCUCCUCUGCCCAAAUCCCCAUCUGAAUCUUGGUCAUGGCGUAAAAAAGCUAGAAUGGUGUAGUUUCUUUGAUGAGUUGAUGUUUACAACAUGUUUCUUCUCUCAUUGAUGUAACCCAGUCUCAGAAUAAAAU